AUGUCAACAUCGGUCAAUUCCACGAGUUCAGCGUUCCCGGUGUGCACCGCAGCCGCCAACUCGACAGAAACUGCAUCGGCAACCAUCACAGCCACUUCCUCGUAUGUAGUCCCGACAUGUAUCCCAGCGCCCUCGGGAAAUGUGUCCUACACGGUAUCAUAUACGAGUUCAGGCACGACGUCGUUGCCGUAUAUUGUCCCAGUGACAGCUUCGACAAAUGCGACGGCUACGAGCACGCUUUCCGAGACGAGUUCCCAUCCGGUCGAGACGACUACGAGCGCACCCGUGUCUACCAUCACCAGUGCUCCUGCGACUGUUACUCCCGCCUCGUCAAUCGCCAAUGAAAAUAGUACUUUAUCAUUCGUUGGUUCGUCUUCCUCUGUCGGUGUUGCCUCCCAGUCAAUCGAGGUUCCUACGGCUGCUGUUCCGGUGACGACUUCAGUACCCGCAUCGACAAGUCAAUCGUCAGCAUCGACGAGUGAGCAUCCAGCGUCGAGCAGUCAACCACCGGCGUCGAGCAGUCAACCGCCAGUGUCGAGCAGCCAACCACCGACCACCGUGUCUUCGACAACACCAGCGUCUUCUGGCCCUUCCACUCAUUCCAUGUCCACUUCUAUCCAUUCAGAGGUUACAACGACGACUUCAGCUGUUGUGGUAGCCAAUAGCACCACUACUAGUGCCGUCUCCAGAACGACAACCAAACCUCGGCCCACGGUUACCAUCACCGAGAUCUAUACUGGACCCCCAGCUGGAACUCCUAGUUUGUCAUCCACGACUCCGAGUCCCCCAACGUCAACAAGGCAGCCUACGACUACGUCUGUUUCGGCUCCUCAGCCUACUACUACGUCCGUUGCAGAGCCGCAACCAACGACGUCUACAAGGGAGCCUGAAUCUACGACUCCGGUAUCUUCGACUGUUGCCCCCGAGCCAGCGACCUCUAGUACAACAGUAGCAGCCCCCGUACCAACGUCUUCCUCGAACACAUUUUCGUCCCUUACCGAUACGCUUACAUUCCCGUCUACUACCCCGCUUAGUACCAUUGUAUCGGAAACAAACACGGAUGCGUUCCCCACCUCGUUCUCAACGACCAAUCUCCCAGUUACGAGCAUCAACGACCCAUCCACGUCUUCCACACCUUUCAGCUCAUGGGUCGACUCGAUCACAACCACCUCGUCCGAUUCCAUCACGCCAACUUUGAUCGGAACAGUUAACCCCACAGACGUCCCAACGACAGUCACCACUCCCACCGAACCGACUACGGCACUUACAACUCCCGGUACCUCCCUCUCGAGCUCAUCCCACUCGGCUCCCUCGUCUUCACUCACGGCCCUCCCUGCUCCCGAGGGCGCCAACUCCCAACCGACCACCGCCACCGCAAACCCGUCGGGCGUGAUCGCGGGCGGGACAGUCGCCGGCGUUGUGGGCAUCCUCGUUUUGGCGGGUGUUUCCCGCUGGGUAUGGAAACGAGGCGCGAGCGAAAGAGCCGUGAGGCGGAUGUACAGGGAUGAUAUGCGCCAGAUUAGGGAGCGGACGUAUGGGCUCGAGGAAGGUCCCGGUCAGUGGGGACGUCCGGCCUGGAGACGAGGGCCGGGAAGUACAGAGGGGUCGGUCUAG